AUGCCGUUGGAGAAUCCGCUGCACGACGCCGGCAGAAACGCGAGGUACACCGACUCAAACGCGGCUUUGCAGAAGGUUGACCUGAUGGCGUUGGCAAUGCAGAACGCGGACAAGCAGGCGGAUGAAGAUGCUGACUUUGAGGCUCUUGUCAGGGAGAAGAUCGAGCAGGGAAAGGUCAAGAGGGGCGGGUCGUGGUUGGUAGCGAAAUUCCAACUCGAGAAGGACAAGCGGUUCAAGGUGGUGAAGAGACGCGCAGAGCAAUUGUACAAGGAAAUCACGAGAAAAAUGACGAAUGAGGAGGAGCCGGAGAAGCCGAAGGAAUCAGGAGAUCGAGAGGAAGAACAACCGGCGAAGCGCGCUAGAGUUGACGCUCCUGCCGAAGAGGACGACGGCGGAGUCACAUUCGACCCCGACGACUACGAAUAG